AUGGAUGUUGAUGCAGGUGACUGUACACCUGAGCUGGUAACUCUAGCGAGUGACAAGUCCAGUGUGCUAAAUUUGGGGUUUCCUUGGAGAGAUGAAAAGCAAUUUAUCGAAGUUCCUCCAUUCGAGCCCUCCGGACUCAGUGGCCUGUUACCAGAAGAUCAUUUCAUGGUAAUCGUCACCACCAAGCGCUCAAAUCUCGACGCUCAAUGCGGUCACGAAGGCAGUGAUCAACGCACACUGUCCAAAGAGGUGACGCAUACGUUUAUCAAUCGGUUAGCCACGAUGUUGACGUCGUCAUCACGUCCGUUCUUUGGUCAAGCAUCGUUGCAGGGCGGCACGUCGAGAAUUGAGAUUCAGUAUAUAUCCGACCAUGUUAAGCGGCUACAGCCCGUGCCACUACCCCUACCUAUCACAUUUUAUCCGCCUUUCAGCGCCAAUUCCAGGUCCGAGGACAACUUCGGAUGUGACGGAGACGAGGAGCUGCAUUCUUCCGAAGGUUUCUAA